GCUGGGAAGGAAACGAGGGAAUCACGGCUUACAGUGACCACCGAAACUCCCAUCUUUCUCAUCCAUCCUCUCCGCUCCUACCAAGAAACCAUUGAGGAAGAAAUCCAAACAAUUUCGUGACUUCCGCGAUCAAGAGCGAAGGCGCGAUUAGGAAAUUCGGAAGGCGUCGAGCAGGAUAGCGGCGCGUGAUUAGCGAAGGAAGUACGGUUCUCACACAAGCAGACCCCUGGGGUGUUGUCAUCUCCCGAUCCAGUAUGGUGUUAAUUUCGCUUGUUCGAGAAUAUAUCGGGCGGAUGUUGCAGGACAUUUCUGGCAUGAAAGUCCUCAUUCUUGAUUCUUGGACGGUCAGUAUUGUUAGUGUUGUAUAUUCUCAGUCCGAGCUGCUCCAAAAGGAAGUAUUUUUAGUAGAACUGGUGGAUUCAAUGUCAAAAGAGCCAAUGACGCAUCUGAAAGCCGUUUAUUUUCUUAGGCCAACAUCCGAUAAUAUCCAGAAUCUCCGGCGUCAAUUGGCUGUUCCCAGAUUUGGAGAAUAUCACCUUUUUUUUUCUAAUGCCUUGAAGGUCACUCAAAUCCAUGUUCUCGCUGAUUCGGAUGAGCAAGAAGUUGUUCAGCAAGUUCAAGAAUUCUUUGCUGAUUUUUGUGCCAUAGACCCUUACCAUUUCACAUUGAAUUUGCACAGUAAUCACAUGUAUAUGCUCCCAGCAGUUGUAGACCCUCCAAGUUUACAAAGCUUCUGUGAUCGCAUUGUGGAUGGUAUUGCUGCAGUUUUCUUAGCACUGAAGCGCCGGCCUGUCAUUCGAUAUCAACGAACUUCAGAUGUUGCAAAGAGGAUUGCACAAGAAACUGCUAAACUUAUGUAUGAGCAAGAAAGUGGCCUGUUUGAUUUCAGGCGUACAGAAACUUCUCCAUUAUUGCUCGUCAUUGAUAGAAGAGAUGAUCCAGUUACACCUCUGCUGACCCAGUGGACGUAUCAAGCAAUGGUUCAUGAACUUAUUGGUAUCUUAGAUAAUAAAGUUCAUUUGAGAAAUGUAGGCACGGUCCCCAAAGAUCAGCAGGAGGUGGUGUUGUCAUCAGAGCAGGAUGCAUUUUUUAAGGCUAAUAUGUAUGAAAAUUUUGGAGAUCUUGGAUUGAAUAUCAAGCAAAUGGUGGAUGAUUUUCAACAGAUUGCAAAGAGUAAUCAGAAUAUUUUGACAAUAGAUGAUAUGGCGAAGUUUGUGAACAAUUAUCCUGACUAUAGAAAGAUGCAUGGAAAUGUCUCAAAGCAUGUAACCAUGGUUACCGAAAUGAGCAGAAUUGUAGAGGAGAGGAAACUCAUGUUAGUUUCACAAACAGAACAAGAACUUGCAUGUAACAAUGGACAAGCAGCUGCUUUUGAGGGUGUAAACAAGCUUCUGAACAGUGAAAGCGUUUCUGAUAUUGACUGUUUACGGUUAGUAAUGUUAUAUGCUCUGCGCUAUGAGAAGGAGAGCCCAGUCCAGCUAAUGCAGUUAUUCAACAAACUAGCUUCUCGAUCCGCCAAAUAUAAGUCUGGUCUUGUACAGUUCCUCCUCAAGCAAGCAGGAGUUGAUAAGAGAACAGGUGACUUGUAUGGAAAUCGUGAUCUACUAAACAUUGCCCGUAAUAUGGCUCGGGGACUCAAGGGAGUUGAGAAUGUGUACACUCAACAUCAGCCUCUUUUAUUUCAAUCUAUAGAAAACAUUACAAAGGGACGCCUUAAAGAUAUUGACUAUCCCUUCAUUGGAAAUCACUUUCAACAGGGCAGACCGCAGGAAGUUGUUGUCUUCAUUGUUGGUGGAACAACCUAUGAGGAAGCACGCACUGUGGCUCUACAUAACGCUGCCAAUUCAGGAACCCGUUUUAUACUUGGCGGUACUGUUGUUCUCAACUCUCAGAGGUUUCUUAAAGAUCUUGAAGAGGCUCAUACAAUAUCUCGGGCAAGCGUCAUCCUUUAAUCUUCAAGCGACUGAGAUCAGAGAGAAAAGAUAUGGAUUCAAUAUUGGUGGUCACAUCAGAUAUUCGUGAAUCAAAGGUUAUAAAAUGUAAAUGUUGAACAUCACAACGGGUAUUAUAUUUGAGCAAGAAAGAUUAGUAAUUUUUUCAUGUA